UCAAUAAUAAAUUAAAAAUACUAUAUAUCUAAAAAAAUACGUAUGUAUGUAUAUGUAAGAACUUGAUAUUAUCGCUAUACAAAAUCUUAUUAAUUUGUAUAUGUAAGAAAAAAUAUUUUUAUAUCAGAUAUUUUUCGACUAAUUCUUUCUAUCGAUCAUAACGUACACGUCAUAUAAUGGUCGCCAUGGUUUAUUCAUCCGUGAGGAAAUAAUUGGAUAUUGUGUUUUUAAGGAAAAAAAAGCACAAUCCCUUGUGGAAAGUCUGCUGUGUACAUCGUGCAGAGAAAUAACAGAAAUAAAUGUUAAAUACAUAUAGUAAUCUUUGAGCAUUCUUGCGUGAGGUGCGAAGUGUGUUAAGUGAAGAACGAGUGUGCACAAAAAGUUUAAAGGCACCAGAACUGCAUUGGCUUCAUACAAGAAAACCCGAAAAAUCCAGAAGUACAAAGCCUGGAUGACGGGACAAAUGACAACAUACAUUUGAGCAAUAGUGAAAGUGAUCAAAUAAAAAGUGAAAAUAUGGACAAUAAUACAGAUGGGGACAACUUAAAUCUGAGCUGCGGCGAAAAUGAUAUAGUGGAUGAAUUAAAAAUUGCUGCAGAUGAAACUUAUGAUACACGUAGUGAAGUUUCAUCUAGCAGUUCAAAUUCUGAUUCUAGUCAACCAAGUAUAAGCUCUGUUUCCACAAAAUCUUCUCGUGGAGAUAAUAAACGCAAUCGUAAGAACAGAGGAAAACGUGCUAGAUCCAGAGAUUCUAAGUCUUCUAGUCCUGAAACAAAACGUGCAAGAUCUAAAGAAAGCAAAGGAAUUACUAAGAGCUAUGAUUAUGCUACAAAAUUAAAUUACUUAUUUAGGGAUGCAAGAUUUUUCAUCAUCAAAUCAAACAAUGCUGAAAAUGUUACAUUAUCAAAAGCUAAAGGAGUAUGGAGUACAUUACCACAAAAUGAAGCUAAUUUAAAUCAAGCUUAUAGAGAAUCAAGGAAUGUUCUGCUUAUAUUUUCUGUAAAAGAAUCAGGAAAGUUUGCUGGUUUUGCAAGAUUAAGUACAGAAUCUAGGAGAGAUGGAGCACCAAUUUCUUGGGUAUUACCACCUGGAUUGUCUGCAAAAGCUUUGGGUGGUGUAUUUAAAGUUGAUUGGAUAUGUAGAAAAGAAUUACCAUUUACGGCUACAUUACAUUUAUAUAAUCCAUGGAAUGAUGGUAAACAAGUAAAAAUCGGACGUGAUGGCCAAGAAAUUGAACCAAGAGUUGCAGAAGAAUUAUGUAGAUUAUUUCCAGAAGAUGAAGGAAUUGAAAUGACACCAAUUUUGAGAAAAUCUAAGGAAGCAGCAAAACAUAUUACGAAGUCUCGUUCAUAUCGUGAUAAUAGGCCUGUUAAUAGUAGUCCUAGAUUUUUACGUUCGAGAGGUGGUAGAGGUCGUAGACUUUUUUUAACUUCACGAUCUCGUUUAGCUUCAUUAGCUAGAGGAUCUCAUUUAACUGGUAAUGAGCAUAGAGGAUCAAGAGAUCAUCAUCAUCAUCGAUAUGCUACUUGGUUUAAUAGAAGUGAUUCUCCUUAUUCUAAAGGAUAUGGUAGUCCAGGAUUAGGUGUGGCUGCAGCAGCUGAAGCAUAUGUUGCAGAUUAUAUGCGUACUAUGCAACAUCAAUUGCCUCCUUUACCUCCUUAUGCUGCACCACAUCCAUAUGAUUCUUUACCUCCACCACCACCACCACCUAGAUAUUAUGAUGGUUUACCAUUACCACCUGACUACAGCGCAGCGGCUUCUGCUCUUGAAAAACGUAGCUAUGAAAGAAGUGUAGAUGAAUUUUUGUGGAGAACAGCAAGUCGACAUAGUCGUCAUAGUGAUCAUCGAUCCUCCCGUGAUCACCAUCAUCGAUAUAGAGAUCGUAGAUAAAAAAUUUUAAAAUUUUCAUUAAUCUUAAUAUCUUCAUUCACUUAUUCUUUCACUUUUCAUUCAUGCACAUAUUGUACGGGCUUUCGAGGUAUCGUGACAUUUAUAAUUAUGUAUCGUUACAUUUAUGAUUAAUAAUGUUUAACCGAUUAUUAAUAAUUCAAACAAAAAUAAUUUGAAAUUUUAAUU